UUAAAUUUGAAAAGUGUUUGUAAAACGUUAUAAAUAUUAAUUUAUCACUUCUGAGUCCUGACCCUGAGGCGCUUUUGAAAAGUAAAAAUGGUUCUACUAUUUAAGUGUCUACAUUACUUAAAAAAAAUCAAAGAGUAAAUUUGUUACAAAAUUGGCAAGCAAACAGUUGUCAGUUUCCCAUGACCAGAGGCAGAGUUUCUUCAAGUAUUGACACUAGCUAGAACAAUUUUUUGAUAAGUGCCCACUUACCUAAGCAUUAUUAUUAGAUUAUAUAAUUAGCCUCAUAGGUCUUUGCAAAGUCUACUCAAACUCAAAUAAUAGGUGUGAAUUUUUCUUCUGCUUCAUCAAGUGCUUUGAUGAUGGCGGACUGCAAACUGCCGCUGCUCACGGACAAGGAGGUGCAGGAGAGUAUAACCAACAUCGACACUUGGCUUGCCACUCACGCACACUCUGGCUUGCACGCCAUCAGAGCAGAGGACCUGGCCAUCGCUGUGCCCGGCGAGUGUUUCUUCAUGGAACUUCUUCAGGAAAACGAAGAAGCUCACAGGGAACUGGAAAAGGGCAUCCUCGUCUACACAGAUGCGCGAGAAGAACAAUAUCUGUGGCUGAAAGGUGACUGGCAUCCUCUGGAGCGCGUGCUGAGUAUCACCUCGAACAAGGAAGGCUGGCAUCAGACCCAGAGUCUGGGGGAGCGGCUGCUGGUGCUGGUUCUCACGCAGCUGGACUACCGAGCGCGGGAGUCAGAGGGGGAGGUGCCGUACGGGUGCUGCUCCCCCACACACCCCACAUACCUGCUGUGGCGACACCAUAGACUUGCUGGCAUGGCCUCCCUCAGGUGUCAGGGCACUAGCAUCUGGGGUGGUGAAGAAGUGUAUGCGUGUGACACGCUCGACACGGUGUACGUGCGACCAGCCCACCGUCGCCAGGGCUACACGCUCGCCUUGCUCUCCACCCUCGCGGCCAGACUCGCGCCCGGCGAACAUCUCGGCCUCUCCCACCCCAUCUCGCUUAGCAUGUGCAAAGUGCUGCUGAAGUUCAUCCAAGUUUGCCCAGAGCUGCGUGACAGACUCUGGACGCUGGAUGAAGACGGCGAAGUGUCAGGCACUGUCAUGCUCAUGCUGGGCAGCCUCAUGAUGAGGGGAGUGUUAUGUCCUCCCCAGCCUCCUGCUCCUCUUCAACCUCCUCCUGCACCUUUGUAUUCAUUGAAUGUGCUGCUGAAGUUCAUCCAAGUUUGCCCAGAGCUGCGCGACAGACUCUGGACGCUGGAUGAGGACGGUGAAGUAUCAGGCACUGUCAUGCUCAUGCUGGGCAGCCUCAUGAUGAGGGGAGUGUUAUGUCCUCCCCAGCCUCCUGCUCCUCUUCAACCUCCUCCUGCACCUCCCACUACUUUGUCCUCUCCCAACCACUGCACUAAACCAACUCCUAUGUGCACCAACACCAGCAUCCCCAUGUGCACCAACGCGCCCCUGGGCACAAACAACAGCCUGACGAACUCGGCACAGGACGGCAGCGCAGUCACACAGAUGGUCACGUCAGACUACGAGCGUUUACCAAGCGUCAGGGACGGCGGUGAAGUGGCGAGUCUGGACAAGGACGAACCGUGCGACACGUCGUGAGUGCUGCUGGCAGGGCUGUUGCUGACGCUGCUCGCAGGCCUAUGGGACUAUUGCUCGUUGGCCGAGAACUUCGCUUCCUGACACGCCUAUUACUUCAUCUGGAUACAAUCUAUACAUAUUUAUACGUAACAUAUUAUAUACAUAUUUUAUUAUACAUAACGUAUUUAUACGUCGUUGGGUGCUCGACUUUGAGUUUCAUAAAAUUGUAAGAUCUGUUACUUGCUAAUGACAUCUCCAUUGCAACAAAUCCUAUACCUAUAACAGUUGAUAAGCAACAAUGAUAAUUGUUAAUUAAUUAACAAAGAUGCUGUUACUGUGCUAAAUGAAUCUCUUCUCUUUUUCGACUUUGGCCUCCGGAUAAUUGUCCCUGUGUGUGUCUAUUUACUUUGUAGCGCGUCUUGCGGUAAUUUUACGUUGCACAGCAAUAGCCUUGCUUGGAAUUUGUGCCGAUUUGUUGUUUCUUCAGAGUUCGUCGGGUGUUUUGAACACAGCAUCUGUACUUCAGGGCCUAUACUUCCAAAAAAAGUUAAGAGAUCGUAAGUUCAUCAGCCAA